GGAAGACAAGUAUACACAGACUAAGCGCCUUCGUGUGUUUGAGGUAAAAGGAGUAACUCUGGUUUAAAUGGAACUAGUUAGGCGGUGGAGAAGUUGGAAGUCCGACUGGAGGUAUGCCACUGCAUUGUUGUGCGUGUAUGGAUUCUUCAGCACUGUCAAGCCAUUGGAGCCUUUUUUAAUACCAUUCUUGAGUGGCCCAGACAAGAACUUAACAACAGAACAGAUAAACAAUGAGAUUCUCCCAGUCUGGACUUAUUCCUACCUCACCGUGCUGGUGCCGGUGUUCCUGCUCACGGAUUGGCUGCGUUACAAGCCUGUGAUCAUCUUCCAAAGCGCUGCUCUUUUUGUCUUAACCGCGUUACUCUACUGGACCAAAAGUGUGCCAGCCAUGCAGGCCGGUCAGUUCUUCUAUGGGGUGGUGACAGCAUCUGAUGUGGCAUAUUUUUCAUACAUUUACAGCGUCUUAGAAGUGAAGCGGUACAAGAAGGCCACAUCUUACAGCCGCAGUGUGCAGCUUUUGGGGUACACAGUAGGAGCUGUCCUGGGACAGCUCCUGGUCAGUUUUGAUCUGAUGUCAUACAUGAACAUCGUGGUAUUCACUAUGGUCCUUACUGCUCUGGCCAUGGUUGCAUCCUGUCUUCUGCCAAUGCCAAAAAAGAGCAUGUUUUUCCACACAACAAGACCUAAUGCUCAAGAAGAUGGAGGUCAGGACAUAGAUAGGGGGUCUACUGGAGUGGUCCAAGAUGUGAAAGAAAGUAACUCCACAGGAAGGGUCAGUCUUGGUAAAAUACUUUGUCUUGUGAAGAAAGAUUUGGCUGACUGUUACUCAUCUAGAAACCUCUUUUGGUCCAUAUGGUGGGCAAUGGCGACCUGUGGCUAUAACCAGACUGUCAACUUUGUGCAGGUGCUAUGGGAUCAUGUUGAGCCCUCCCAGAACUCCAGCAUCUACAAUGGCGGAGUGGAAGCUGUCUCUAACCUCUUGAGUGCAGCUACAGCAUAUGGUGUAGGCUUCACUAAGGUGAGAUGGGAGCGCUGGGGAGAGCUGGCACUGGGUGGAUUCUCUGGACUGGGGUCAGCCUCCCUCUUUCUCAUGACCUUUAUAGGCAACAUCUGGGCAUGCUACGCAGGAUAUGUGCUCUUCAAAUGUUUGUACAUGCUGCAGAUAACAAUUGCCAUGUUUCAGAUUGCAGCUGGUCUGUCACUGGAGAGACACGCACUAGUGUUCGGAGUGAAUACUUUUGCAGCAUUGGUUCUGCAGACAAUCCUCGUGUCAGUGGUCGUUGACACUAACGGAUUGGGUCUAGGCAUCCUUCCACAGUUCACAGUAUAUGCAAGCUUUUUUGCAGUCAUUGCCAUGGUUUUCACUCUAAGAGGACUUUAUAUCAUAUGGACAUACAGAAGUGAAAGGCCAAACAUACAAGAGAUCAGAUUCUAAGAUGCUUUUUCUCCCUUUGUGUACUGUAGUAUUAAAUUAUUGACAACAGCACAA